UAGAAUGAUAGAUAGAGAUAAUAGCAUUAGCAUAGCAAACUCGCACUACUACACACUGCGGCUUCUCCUCCAUUCUUGUCCCGAAGAAGAAAGAUCCGUAAAUUAACAUUCUCUCCCUCCAUUGGCUAUAAUAGCAAGCUUUUUAAGCAUAUUUCUGGGGUUUGUUUGCUUUUCCUUGUUUGGGGUUUUCUUGGGAAAAAAAGGGAAAGAAGUAAUUAGGUAUAAUAUAAUUAAAGCAAAAAAGAAGACAGUAACAUGGGAAGGGGUAGGGUUCAGCUCAAGAGGAUAGAGAACAAGAUCAAUCGCCAGGUAACCUUCUCCAAAAGGAGAGCUGGGUUACUCAAGAAAGCACACGAGAUCUCUGUGCUCUGUGACGCUGAGGUCGCUUUGAUUGUCUUCUCCCACAAAGGAAAGCUCUUUGAAUAUGCCACUGAUUCUUGCAUGGAGAAGAUACUGGAACGCUAUGAAAGGUAUGCCUAUGCUGAGAGACAACUUGUUGCCAAUGAUUCCGAAUCACAGGGAAAUUGGACCAUUGAGUACACCAGACUCAAGGCAAAGAUUGACCUUUUGCAGAGAAACCAUAGGCACUAUAUGGGAGAAGAUUUAGGUUCAAUGAGCCUAAAAGAGCUUCAGAGUCUGGAGCAGCAGUUAGAUACUGCUCUCAAACAAAUUCGUACACGCAGAAACCAACUCAUGUACGAGUCGAUUUCUGAGCUUCAGAAGAAGGAGAAAGUGAUACAGGAGCAGAAUAACAUGCUUGCAAAGAAGAUAAAGGAGAAAGAAAAGGUUGCAGCACAGCAGGCACAAUGGGACCAUCCAAACCAUGGAGUUAAUGCAUCUUUCUUGCUACCUCAGCCACUUCUGAACAUGGGUGGCAAUUAUCGUGAGGAAGCACCAGAAGUAGGAAGGAAUGAACUUGACCUCACUCUGGAACCCUUGUAUUCCUGCCACCUUGGAUGCUUUUGAAAACAUUCAAAAAGAUCAGUGGUAAUUAUAACUAUGUGGUAAGGCAUUGGACCACAUGUUUGAGGGCUUAUGUAUGAUGUCUCUUAUGUUUUGUGGUUUUUCCUAAUCUGAAGACAUUGUUAUA